AUGCCUCCCCGCAACGACAUGCGGCUGCUGCGCGACGUGCUGGGCUAUUCCACCUCACCCCCAACUUCACCACGCCCCGGACCUUCUCCACGUCUGCCCUCUUCUUCGCCGGAAAUACCUCUCAGCAAACUGAAAGCUAACCAGCCAUCUCCUGAAGCUAAACGCAAGGCAACUACCGACCCUCCCAAUGCCUCCCCCAAGCGCAUAAAGCAGAGUCCCUCCACGCCCACGGCCGCCGAUGAGGCACCCGCACGCCCCGCCAAACGGAUAGUCCCGUUUCCCGAGAAGCCCGCUGUAAUCGAGGAGCGCGAGGGAGUCAUUGAGUUUAGAGUUGUCAACAAUGACGGGCGGAGGGAGAGCACCAUUAUAUUGACGGGUUUGAAAUGUAUCUUUCAGAAGCAGUUGCCCAAGAUGCCAAAGGACUAUAUUGCGCGCCUAGUCUACGACCGAACUCAUCUGAGCAUAGCCAUUGUAAAGCACCCGUUGGAGGUGGUAGGAGGCAUAACCUACCGCCCUUUCGACAAAGGCCAAUUCGCUGAAAUCGUCUUCUGUGCAAUCUCCUCUGACCAACAAGUCAAGGGCUACGGCGCACAUCUCAUGUCGCACCUGAAAGACUACGUCAAAGCCUCUUCGCAGGUCAUGCACUUUCUGACCUACGCCGACAACUACGCUAUUGGAUAUUUUAAGAAACAGGGCUUCACCAAGGAGAUUACAUUGGAGAAGUCGAAAUGGAUGGGUUACAUCAAAGACUACGAGGGCGGUACUAUCAUGCAGUGUAGCAUGGUGCCGAAGAUACGCUAUCUAGAGUCAGGCCGUAUGCUACUAAAGCAAAAAGAAUGCGCAAACGCGAAAAUAAUGGCCGUGAGUAAGAGUUACGAGGUACACGCGCCGCCCGCGCAAUGGGCAAAAGGCGAGAUAACCAAAAUCGAUCCCUUGACAAUCCCCGCCAUCAAGAACUCCGGCUGGUCCCCUGUCAUGGACGAACUCGCUCGUGCCCCACGCCACGGUCCAAACUACAACGCCCUCCUUCACCUCCUCAACGACAUGCAGAACAACAGCAACGCCUGGCCGUUCCAGCAACCCGUCAACAAAGACGAGGUCCUCGAUUACUACGACGUCAUCAAAGAACCCAUGGACCUCGCCACCAUGGAGGAAAAGCACGAAAAGGACCUCUACCCCACACCAGAGGACUUUAUUAGAGACGCAAAACUCAUCUUUGAUAACUGCCGCAAGUACAACAAUGAGAGUACGCGGUAUGCAAAGUCGGCCAAUCGCUUGGAGAGGUACAUGUGGCAGCGUAUACGUGAUAUACCGGAGUGGUCGCAUCUCGAAGGCGAGUUGACGGGCAAGUAAGCCGGCGGCGGCCUCUGUUUUUGUGCUUGUACGCUUGAUCAUGUUAUGCUUUCUUGACCAAAUUAUGAAAAGUAGCUGGCCUUUAUCCUCAUCGCAUUCUGUCUUUUUAGCGGCAUUGGGAAUGGCGUAUGGGUGUUGUGGGGCCGGGUGGGGUUUGGGUUUUUUACUGGGCAUUGUGUAUACCCUCUGUCGUAUGUAUUCAAUGCGUCCACGAGCUUUGAGCGAACAUCUAUAAGAAUGACGUCUAGAU